AUGCGCUCAGGCAUCCUAUCAGUUAUUUGCCCAGUAACCAGCAAGGCCAUUACGCAGCCUUUCCGUACCUGCUGGGCCUCACAGACACCGUUCCUACGAAUACUCUCCCGCCCAGUAACAACCACCGCUACUGCAAUCCCUAGACCCCGAACCAGCCCCCCACCCUCUCGCUUUGUCAUUCACAAAAGACCCCUUACAAUGUCCUCCGACAAGAUCCCAGACCGCUACAAGCUCAUCUUCUACGUCCCGCAUUCCCAUCUCGAACCGUGCAAGGAAGCCGUCUUCGCGGCCGGUGCCGGCGUCUUCUCCGGAGGAAAAUACUCCAAGUGUUGCUUUCAGAUGCCUGGCCAGGGACAGUUCCAGCCGGGUGAUGGUGCGAAUCCGGCGAUUGGGUCUGUGGGCGCGCUGGAGUAUGUUGAGGAGAUGAAGGUUGAGGUUAUGUGUGUGGGAAGGUCGAUUAUGUUGAAUGCUGUGGAGGAGCUGGUCAAGGCGCAUCCGUAUGAGGAGGUUGCAUAUGAGGUUUAUAAGAUGGAAAAUGUUUAG